AUGACGACAUACAGUACAGAAUCUGCCUUAGCAAAUAAUGCAGAAUCUGAGGGAAAUGAACCAUUAGCAUCGUCUAGUAACAAAGACGACGCGGCGAUUAGUGAAAGUAGUAAUGAAGCUGAAUCUAUUGCGAUGAAAACUCUCGAUAAUCUGGUUGAACAGCAACCGAAAAAUCCUUCACUUAUCGGUAAAAAGAUACAAAUUGCCACUGCUACCACUCCAAAUGGUUUGAAGCACAAUCAGUCAAGUAUGAAUGCAACUAAACAAGAAACAGUUAUCAGUGCUGAAACCAAAACUGCAACUGAAUCUGAUCGUAAGCUGAUCAAUCGAUAUACCAUUUUUGGCAUCCUUCUUUAUUAA